AUGGCGUCGUCCUCCUCAUGGACGGCGGUCUCCUUCCUCCCAUCCUCUUCUUCUUCCUCCUCUUUCCUCGGAGACUUCUUCGCCGCCGGUGCCGGUAGCUCGAGGGGCGAAGUGGCUUUACCCCGCCGCCGGAUUUCUCCUCUGUGCGGGCCCCUCAAGUACCAGCCCAGAAGGGCCCCGUCGAGCGCCCCGGCAGAGCGCCGCCGCACGGCGGCGCCGAGGCGGUCCUCCGGAGCUGAGUCUCAGCGUCCGCCGCGGCGGUCCCCCGCACCUCGCUCUCCGCCUCGAUCGCGGGAGGAGGUGAAGAGGAGGCACUGGCGGGAAGGCGAGUUCCCCGGUGUGUCGGAGGGGUCGACGGCGGCGGCGCCACGGGGGACACCGAUCAAGAACGUGAAGAAGAAGUUGGAGGACAGGGAGGCCGCCAAGGCGUGGGUCUCCACCGUGACGGAGUCGCUGGCGGAGAGGAUCCAGAAAAAGGACUGGGAGGGCGCCUUGGAGGUAAUGGAAGAUUAAACCCUAGGAUGAUAAAUCUUAGACGUUGCUAUUUUUUUCGAGAUUUUAACUUAACCUGUAUCGUAAUUAAUCCAUUGCCUGGAAAAUGUGUGCUGUGGAUCUCGUCGUCUCGCCAGUUUGAUUGGAGUUUGGGACCUCAGCUUCUUCUACACAGGGCGGAAUUUUUUAAGAAAAUGGCACGAAACUCUGUGAAAAUCCGUGAAUCUGCAGAUCCAUUCGUCCUGAUAAUGUUGACGAGAGUUGGAAUUCCCUCGUUCUUUUCGUAAUAACAUACCCCCGUUCUUUUUUGUGUUCAUUCACGCCGAUUGAUUGAUGUUGGGAAAUCAGUUCUGCAUACAAUCGCGUGAUCAUUUCCAGAGCUCUGCAGCCCUGAUGCAUCCUCUUUAUGGAGAUGAGAACUGUUAUUUCAUGCGGUGGAUAAGAAUAUGCCUGUUCUUCGUGUUCAUAACCCAUCCAUUGUAUUUCUGCGACCAUGAUCAUAUGAGAUUUUGUGACCUGAUGAACGGCCUGCCGAUUGAUUCGAACGUUCUGUAGCUUCAUUUCACCAUGAUUCUAGGAAAUCCGGCUUCUUCAUUCAACUGCCGACAGUUUUGAUGAUUCCUUCCCUGGUGUUCAUCCCUCUUCUGGGAAUUGAACUUGAAACAGAGAAGAACAUUUAUCCCCCUUCUUUCUAUCUAUACACACAAACGGCGGCCAGCAUGCUACCUCCUAGAGUAUAAACCCAUUUCCUGCCCCCCCCUCCUCCUCCUCUCUCUCUCCCUCUCUCUCUCCCCCCGCCCCCCUUCCCCCUCCCCUGGACCCCCUUCUUUCCAUCUAUAUAAACCAAAUGGGAACACCCUUCUAUGUACUGGACUGUAUAACUGUCCCUCUGUCGGCUUUGGGCUUGUCUGAUGAUCCCCCACUCUCACUUCUCCUUUAAACUAUCCGACAUUUUAAUGGGCAGGAGCCUCAAGAGAGACUAUUUGAGGGGAUGGAUGGUUCAGGUUGGCCUACCUGGUUGGUUCCCCAUGCCAUCAACCAAUGUCAUUCUCUUAAUCCAGUUCUUGGCCAAUCUCAGUCAUCCCAUGAACGAUGACUUAUCUUCUUUCCAGGCUGUUGACUUUCAUCACUGAUAAAAUUGGGUUUUAAUAACAGUGGCCUUUCCUUUUCGGGGCGAAUGAAUUUCAUCCCAAAUAAGAACUGAUCAUUUUUUUGUCUGAGGAAUGAUCUAAUUACUGGUUCAAUUCCAUCGCUGAUGAAAUCCAUAACUUUUUGGUGCGAGGCACGAGAUCCUUAAUUUCUGGUAGCUCUCUCAAAAAUCAGUUUAAGUUCCAUCACUGAUGAAAUCCUUAUCUUUUUUUGUGAAGAAUGAUCUGAUGUCAAAGAUUCUUAGUCUAUCUUCCAAACAAUGGCUUCAUCACUCUUGGCAAAUAAAAUUUCAUCGCUGAUGAAAUCCAUAACUUUUUGUGUGACCAAUGAAUGUUCUACUUAUGUAUUACCCCCAUCGGGAGGGGAGACUGUGGAAUUUCAUGGAGGUGGAACUGAUUACUCGCAGGUGUUCGAGAUGCUCCGCGUGCAGCCGUUCUACAGCCCAAAAGAGGGCACCUACAUGAAGCUGCUGGUCCUGCUGGGGAGGUCGGGGCAGCCAGCAGCAGCCCAGAAGCUCUUCGACACCAUGGUGGAGGAAGGCUUGGAUCCCACGGCAGAGCUCUACACAGCACUGCUCAGCGCCUACUCCCGGAGCAACCUCCUAGAUGAGGCCUUAUCGGUGCUCACAACCAUGAAAGCACUGCCGCUCUGCCAGCCUGAUGUCUACACCUACAGCAACCUCCUCAAGGCCUGCGCUGAUGGUGGCCGCUUUGAUCUGGUUGAUGCCCUUGCUAGUGAGAUGGCAGAGCGGGGCAUCACCCCAAACACAGUCACACAGAAUGUCGUGCUGGGUGGGUAUGGCCGUGCCGGCCGCUUUGAAGACAUGGAGAGGGUGCUCGCUGAGAUGGUGGAGAGCUCUGUUUGCCCGCCAGAUGUCUGGACGAUGAACAUCAUCCUCGGCCUCCUUGCCAAUGCUGGCCGCAUAGAACUGAUGGAGCGCUGGUACGAGAAGUUCCGGGGGAUUGGGAUCGAACCAGAGACCCGCACCUUCAACAUUCUCAUUGGCGCAUACGGCCGGAGAGGGCUCUACGACAAGAUGACCUCAGUGCUGGAGUACAUGCGGAAGGCCUCCUUCGCAUGGACGACAGCAACGUACAACAACGUUAUUGAGGCCUUUGCCGGUGCUGGCGAUGCCAAGCACAUGGAGUGUGCCUUCGAGCAGAUGCGAGCAGAGAGGAUGAAGGCUGACACCAAGACCUUCUGCUGCCUGAUCGCUGGGUACAGCAAUUCUGGCCUGUUCCACAAGGUUGUGGCUGCCGUGCAGUUGGCAGAGAGGGCCGAGGUACCAAUGACCACUGCCUUCUUCAAUGCCGUGCUGUCGGCCUGUGCCAAGGCUGGGGACCUGGUGGAGAUGGAGAGGGUCUUCCGACGCAUGAAGGAUGCCCGGCGGUCGCCUGAUGCCACCACAUACACCAUCAUGGCUGAGGCCUACAGAGGGGAGGGGAUGACUGACCGGAUCUAUGAGCUGGAGCAGGAGCUCCAGAGUGUGACCGGAGUGGCCCCACUCGUGGCGCUGUAA